AUGCGACGCAGAUGCCGUUCUCGCCGUGAUUCCGAAUCUCGAUUGAAUAUCACUAUUAUUCCGGGUCCUCGCGCAUCUGAUGCGCACAAAAGAUAUCUGGCAGAUUAUCAUCCUAGAAUUCUAUCGGCGGAGAGCUUUCGCGCCCAAUUCUUGCAUAUUUUGAAGGAGGUGAAUAUCCGAAUUCCCAUUCAGAUAGACACAUCUUCCGGCGAAGGGACGGUUUUCAGUGAAGAUAUUCUGAGAAUUGAGAUAUGUGGCCCUGACGAGGACUACUUAAUAGUGAUUGAUGUUCCGGGCACCUUCCGCAACCCGAUCGAGGGAAUCACGACCAAAGACGAUGUCCAGCUUGUCCGAAACAAGGUCAAGGAGUACAUCAAAAAUAAUCGCAUCAUCAUCCUCGCAGUCCUCCCCAGCAAUGUCGACAUUGCCACCCAAGAAAUUCUCACGCUUGCAGAAGAUUAUGACUAG